AUGGCUGCAACACGGUCGUCCCCUUGCACCCCGUCUAAGAAUAAAGGGGUUGGCCCAUCAGGUACCGAAGGCAUUGUUGAUGGCUUAGAUCAUGCACAUAAGGCGAACUGGGACAGUGCAGCUAUAGAAAUAUUCCUACAGUGCGUUCAAGACGCAAUAUUAGCGGGCCGUCGGGUGGGUACAACGAUAACCAAAACAGGGUACAAUGAAAUUGCACUGAAAUUCACUAAGCGCACAGGUAAACGUCAUAACAUUACACAGCUUAAGAACAAGUACGGCAGUUUGAAAAAGGAAUGGCAGGCGUGGAACAAGUUGAUGGAUAGCAGUAAGGGUGUGACUGGCAUUGGGUUUAACAGGGACACCGGGUUGUUCACGGCGUCAGAAGAGUGGGGGGACAAUCUUAAAUCGACAAACAAGAUCGCUUACAAAUUCAAGACGAAGCUAUUGGAGCAUAAAGAUUUGAUGCGCGCGGUAUUCACGGGUGCAACUGCGACUGGCAAACACCAUUGGACGCCGGGGGAGAAGCCUGUGGAUGUUGGCGAAGGUGAAUCCGACUCAGUGGAGUCUCCUGGGUUGGCACCAUUUACGGAACCAUACAGACCGAUCGUUAACUCACCUCCAAAUUCCCCUACCAUCGACCUUGAAGAAGUAGAACCCGGGACAAAAAGGAAAAAAGGAUGUAGCAGUAGUGGAAAGUCGAAAAAGGUCUCUAGUGGAGCAUCGGUGCUUGCGGAUAGUUUUAACCAUCUGUCUAAGGCGGUUGAAGCACAGAAGCACCUGACGGUCAGGCACGGAACUGGUGCAUUGCAAAAGUAUAGCAUUGAGCCAUGUAUGCAACGGCUUAUGGCUAUCUCGGACUUCAUCAGUACCCCCCUGUUCCAUUUCGCAUGCACGGCGUUAGAGAAUGCAGAUUACCGUGAAAUAUUGAUGUGCAUGCCAGAUGAUGAGAAUGUAGUCGAUUGGCUUGCACAAUUGCAGGUUUCGAAAGGCCUGUGA